AUGGCGAAGAACAUGGAGAACACAAGUUAUCGGAAGAUAGACGUUGACGCUUACGAUCCGGAAAACUACAACGAAAAUGAGGAUGUUGGGGACACCAGUGGUCUCGGUCCCGAUGAACGAACUGUAACGUCACUCCUUCAAACUAAUCGGCUUGAAGAGGCACUUCACGCUGCAUUACUAAAUCCUCCGUUGAAAUGUAAAAGCCAGCCUGUAAAAGAUAAAUGUACAAUGUUAAUUGCCAAAGUACUCGGCACGUUCAAAUGGAACGAAAUUGAACCAGUUGUAAAGAAAAUUUCAAUUGAUGAAGCGGAUAUUUUGAUGAAGUUCAUCUACAAAGCUAUGGAAAUAACACCGGAAAAUGCCUUAUGUCAAACCCUAUUGGCUUGGCAUUCACUGGUGAGCAUUUAUUUUAACAGGCGCCUGCUUUCAAUAACAUAA